GUAGCAAGAACUUCAUACUUCACAGCAGAUUACGUUUUAUUCGCUUUGUUGAUAGUUCCAUGGUUGCGCAGCUGUAUGCGAAUAGUAUUAUCUCUCUAAAGUUCCAUGAUUGCCCAAGCAUAUUUGUUUACGAAUUCAUUCAUAUGUUUUUUGUUAUUCUGCUGUCGCCGGUUUUCCUUAUGUUGUGUUAAAAAGCUAAUAUAGUCUAUUUUCACGUAAUUAAACAAUUAGCUGGAGUUUCAGCCGAUCCAUGAAUGUUUAAAUAAGAUUGUGGUUAAUGGAAUGAUUAAAAAAUUAUUAAAAAAAACUGUUUCGUAAGGGAAAUUUGGAUUAAAAACAGCAGUGCUUUAGUGGACAUUAAGAGUAUACUUAAAAUAGUAAUUCAUAACUGACAUACCUUAAACCAAUAUGCAUGAAGCUUAUCAAGUAUCCUCUUUAAUUAAAUUCUCUCAUCAAGUGGAAUCCAUAACUGCAUAUGGUGAAACUUUAUUGGUUGGAACUAGACAAGGACAUUUGUUUAUGUAUAGUUUAACAAAAAACAAUUCAAAAUGGGAACUCACAUUGAUGCGGUACAAUAAGUCUUUUAGUAAGAAGACUAUACAACAACUUGAAGUAAUUCCUGAACAAAAUUUACUUUUGAGUCUUACUGAUAAUUUAGUACAACUUCAUGAUAUCAAUGCAAUUAAUUUUACCACCCUGCAUCAAAUACAUAGGAGUCAAGGGGCAACAUUCUUUGCUGUGAAUAUUAAUAAACAAACAUCCCUGACCGGAGAUACACAUUUAUUGGUUCGUUUAGCAGUGUCAGUGAAAAGAAAGAUUCAGCUGUAUUAUUUGAAAAACAAUGAAUUUCUGAAACUUAUGGAGGAUAUUUCUUUAUCAGAUGUGCCAAAAUGCUUUGCUUGGUGUGGCACCGCUAUAUGUAUUGGAUACCGAGAUGAAUACUCCCUGUUGCAGCUCCAGGACAAACAAACUGAUUUGUUUCCUCUUAGCAGUUCCAAAUCAAUUGAACCUUGUAUAAUAAAAGUAACAGAUAAUACAUUUGCAUUGUGUCGUGACAAUCAAACAGUUUUGGUGAACACUGAAGGUAAAACUGAAAGGAACCAGGCCUUAAGAUGGUCUGAUACAGCAACAGCUUUAGCCUGGGAUGAACCUUAUGUUUUGGGUGUAAUAAAUGAUUCAAUAGAGGUUAACACAAUUGAACAAAGUCAAUUGAUUCAGACACUGCCAGAUAUGCCAAAGGUGAGAUUUGUUGUUAAAUCAGAGGCAGGAUUGUUAUUUGCAGCCUCUCUAAGUCAAAUUUGGUGUAUUCAAGCUGUGGACAUUGCUAGACAAAGAGAAGUCUUGGUCAACAACAAACAGUUUCAGCUGGCUCUUAAACUUACACAAAUCUCUAAUGAGUCAGAUGAAGAAAAAAAAGAAAAAAUUCACCACAUUCAGACCCUACUAGCUUAUGACUUGUUUGCGCGGAAGCAGUUUCAUGAGAGUAUGAAGGAAUUUUUAAAAUUGGGGACUGAUGCUUAUGAUGUUAUAAGAUUAUUUCCUGAUUUAUUACCACAACAAGGUGACUAUCCCGAAUCCACACGCGAUUUAACUGAGAAGGAAUUAGAAACCAGCCGUUUGGCUUUGAUAGAUUACUUAACCGAAAUGAGGCAUAAACUUCAAGUAGACUCUCAGGGUUCUGUCAAUGCAAAGGGAAACCUAAAUGAAAAGAGUACCAGCAAGUCUGUAAAUCAGCUCUUGCAAAUCAUUGAUACCACUCUACUUAAAUGCUAUCUACAGACGAAUGACGCGUUGGUGGCCCCUCUAUUGCGUCGUAACCACUGUCAUUUGGUUGAGACCGAAAAAAUAUUAAAGAAAAUGGGGAAAUACAACGAGCUUAUCAUACUGUAUCAGACUAAAGGUCAACACAGAAGAGCUUUAGAACUUUUACAAUCGGAGAAGAGCAUUGAUCGAACUAUUAGCUAUUUGCAACAUUUGGGUACAGAUAACAUGGGUUUGAUUAUUGAAUUCGCUGAUUGGGUGCUCACAGAAUCUCCUGAAAAUGGUUUAAAGGUUUUUACUGAAGACAUAGCCGAAGUUGAAGCAAUACCCAGGCCGCGUGUGUUGGAUUUCCUUCUAAAAUCCCACCCGUCGGUUGUCAUUACUUACUUAGAACAUGUAAUUUACACAUGGGAGGACACUAAUCCCUUAUUUCACAACGCUCUUAUCCAUCAGUACAGAGAAAAAAUUUUAAAUAACGAUCCUGGUAUUACUGAACACACCAGAAAAAAACUCAUACAAUUUCUGGAGAAAAGCACUCAUUAUAACGCGGAAAAUGUUCUCAACAGUUUUCCCACCAAUAACCUGCUGGAAGAAAGGGCGUUGAUAUUAGGGAGAUUAGGAAAGCAUGAACAGGCCCUUGGAUUGUAUGUUAGAGCAAUUGGGGAUGUUCAAAAAGCAGUUGAAUAUUGUAAGAGAAUAUAUGAAUCUAAAGGAGUAGGAUGUGAUCAUGUUUAUGUGCUUUUAAUUAAACUUAUUUUGGAUCCGGAAAGCUGGCAGUUGACUCUCCCCGGUCUAGUGCUUUCCCCAAAAACAGCCCAGCCCAACAUUGAUCUGGCCUUGCAAUUGCUUGAAGACAAUGCAUUAAAAUUAGACCCUAUAGAAGCACUGGCUAUUCUUCCAGACCAUAUUCCCGUUUCGCAAAUCUACAAAUUUCUACUCAUUGCCCUUCAGAAAGUCUUUCAUGACCGUCGACAUACUCAAUUACUGAAGGGGUUGUUGUACGCUGAACAUUUACAUUGCCAGGAGAUGAAAUUGGCGCUUCAAAGCCAACACGUUUUAGUCACUGAAAUCAACGUCUGUCCGGCGUGUAAAAAACGCUUUGGAAAUCAAAGCGCCGUCGUUAGGUAUCCAAAUGGGGACGUCGUGCAUUACUCUUGUCACGAAAAGAAAACAUGAACAUCAAAACAGAUUCUCUGCAAUUGUCGCUUUAAGUACUUUAUAAAAAUAAAUUUGUUCAAAAAUGGAGGUAUGUGUACUGGUCUUGAUCUGGGAAUUUAUCUGUAGAUUGUCUGACCGUAGAGUAGGAUCGGUUGCCUGACGUUUCGCCAAAAUUUUAUCUGGUAUCUUUGGAGGCUACGCCUCCACUUCAGUGCGGACACGUGGGACAUGAACGCCCAGCCUCUGAAGGGGUCACAUGAAAUUUUGGUGAUACAUCAGGCAACCGAUCCUACUCUAGGCUCAAACAACCAACGGAUGAAUACCUGGAUCAACAACAGUAUAUAUA